AAAAUGGCACAGACCGUGUUUCUUCUUAUGGCUGGUGGGCAAAUCGAAUCGGCAGAGUUUCCAGAGUUUGAUGAUAUAUAUUGUAAAUACUGCUUUACGUAUGGAUCUGAUUGGUUAAUAACUUCGGGUUUGGAAGAAGGCAUCACACAAAUAACUAAGAAGAGUAAAGAUGAGAGACAAGAGUUUGUGUGGAACUUUCCCCUAGAUAUCACAUUUAAGAGUACCAAUCCGCAUGGAUGGCCACAACUUGUCAUUCACUGCUAUGGAAUUGAUGUAUUUGGACAAGAUGUUGUGAGAGGUUAUGGUAUGUGCCAUGUCCCCAUCACACCAGGAAGACACAAGCGGAAAAUACCAAUGUUUGUUCCAGAGUCCGCAUCAGCACUUCAGAAAUUCACAGCGUGGUUUCUAGGGCGACGACCAGAAUUUGUUGAUCCUAAGGUGGUUGCUCAAGGAGAAGGAAGAGAAGUGACACGGGUGCGAUCUCAAGGUUUUGUGACAGUGUCUUUCAAUAUUGUUUCAAAGGACAUGAAAAAAUUAGGUUAUGACGUUAUUCCAUCUGAAGUUUCUACAACAGUUUUACCAGAAAAUGUCGGCGUAGCCAAAGGACAGUCAGAGGCAUAGUAUCAUCUUCACCAGGAAGCAAUUUCAAAUACUGCUUUUAAACCUGGCAAGAAUCAUCAUGUGUAAAACACUAGUUUUCUACAUUCCAUCUAUAAGAUUGUGGGUGUUCAUUUUAAAUUAAAAUGACACUUAAUGAUAAUUUGAACCAAACAUUGUAUUGUUAUGAAGUGCUUAGUUGUGUCAGUCCUAGAUUAGUCAUAAACUACCAAGUUUGUUUAAAUGAAUGACCUUGACCCUUUUCAAAGUCACAGUGGUCAAAUAUGUAAAAUUGUUCAAAUGACUUCUUCUUAAUAACAAAAUGCCCCAGGGUCAUGAUGUUUGGCCAAUACCAUGCUGGGAUGAAGUGCUACUGAGUUUGUUCAAAUGAAUGACCUUGACCUUCAUUCAAGAUCACGAGUCAAAUAGGCUAAACUUCAACAACAGACAGUGUUAUCAGUUCCAUUUAAUUGAAAAUCUUGCUUUCAAACUUAAGACACAAUAAAAACUUCGUAAGGAUGCAUAUAUUAGUUCUGCUCUGUCUGCCCCAAUGCUGGGACUGAUGAACAAGUCGAAAACUGUAAAAAGCCUGAAGACCUGAGGUGAUCGCAAAGGCCCAUGGGCCUGUUGUUAAUAAAAGUAAGGAAAGUGUCCAAAACAAUUUUAUGAUUACAUGGUCAUGAACAGAUAUUCGUCCAUCAUGAAUUAAUUAGCUGUUAGUUUAUCCAGAUGUAUUAUGCUAUGAUACAUAUUUUGAUGUUGUAUGUGGGGAAAUAGUAAGCCUGUUUGUUUUAAAUCUUACAUAAAACUGGUCUACUUCGGCCAUUGUUUUAGCUUUUCAGCUCUAGCAUCACACGUUUAGCCCACCUUUUAUAUCCCUCCUAGACACAGCAGAGUUUCCCCACAUGCUGUUGUAAAUCAGUAAAUCAUUGUCCAAACAACAUUCUAUCUGUCAAAAGAAAAUGCAUUUCUCGUUCCAACUUUUCAUUUUCAAGUGAAUGUGCUACAUGCUAGCAGCGGAAAUAAUCAAUUUGUGUUUGCACCAAGCAUGUCUUCGCAACAGUAUAUGGGAUUAAUUUAUGUUGGUUGUGAAUAUAACGGACUUGCCUAAAUAUGCAUUCCGUUUAUUUUUAAGUAGAAGGGAUUUUAGAUAUUAAUUAAUUGAAAGUUUUCAGAUAUUAGUGGCAAUAGAUUUUUGCUAUUUGUACUCUACAUAUAUGUAUUUCUCCGUCCAUUCAUGUCUACAUUCUUUGUGAAACAUGCAAAAAAUGUGAAAACGCAACAUUUUUAUAGUUAUAAAUUAUAUGUAAAUAUAAGAUAA